UACACCGCCAUACCUCACUCAUAAUCACGGCGGGCGACGCGUCAACUCAAAUCGCAAUGCUGUGCUUUCUGAGGCCAGUGAGGAGUCUGGUGAAGACCCUCGUCCUCAUUUCCCUCCCCGUCACGAUUUUGCCCUUCUUAAACGGCCUUAUCGAAGGCGUUUUCGUUGGAAACUAUUUGCUGGAAACCGGAUAUGCUUCGGCCCUCUAUUUGAAGCAGGAUCUCGAAGCAAAGGAUUUCGCCGAGCAUCUCAUCGUCUCUAGUCAACGCGUUGUCGACGCUGUUCUUCCACCGUUUCACGUCCUAAGGCUUCAUGACCCUACAGACUGGUGGGAAAGGUUGGGCCUGGAGCGGCUUGAUUUUGAUAAGGAAGCUUAUCCUCCCUAUGGGAGUCCCGACCCAACCAGUUUCGCAAGUUUGCAUGGCUUGCACCGACGAGUCAACGACCCUGAAGAGGAGCCAUGGCAUCACUGGGUGUAUGCUUCUGCGCAGCCAUGGCAUAGGGAAGAAUUUCUCAUGGAUGGGUGGGAUAUUGCGUUUGAAAAGUUGAUUCGAUAUCACUACGCCAACCCAUCCGUCGCAUCUGCCAGCUUCAACUACAUUUCCUGCCCAGAGAGCUUUCUUUGUGCGUCUUGGAGGGUCCAUGGACCAGCCUUGUUGCAUUUCACCACAGAAGGUGAGAUGGAUGGAAAGGUGGAGGAUCAGGUUCCCAAUUACGACACAGUUACUGUCCGCAUCAUCGAAUUUCCCCUCAAAGAAAAUCUGAUGCUGCCUGGUGUCUUUCCGAGUUAUUUCAACCAACUGAAAGCCGUGACGGAAGACGACGGUUGGGCAUCUCAUUCGCCGCAGUCCGAGUUUAAACAGUUCCUACGUCGAUAUUCCGAGGUCUGCGAGAAUUCAGAAUUUGCCUACCCUCGCUCAUAUGGACGACUAGCCAAGUUGGAACGAGCUGUGCUCUGGACAAUGAGCUUCGAAAAUUCGGCCUCGCCUAAAGUUGCCCGUUUUAUCGCCAUCUGCUUAUCGGGCGCGACCACAGUUCUUGGCUAUCGAGCCUUGAACAAAAUUCUCGACCUUUUGGGGUACAACACGCUUGAACAACCUGCGCCCACAGUAAAAAAUGACGAAAUUUUAAGUGUUGAGCAGUUGGAAUUAUUUUUCGCUUCCCUGGAAGAUGACACAGAAGAAAGAAUAAAGUCCACUCCCGAGGGAGCUGAAACUUGGAACGCGUUGUGGGAUACCUUCCAAAGGCUGUCAAAGGAGAAAGAGGAAGAAGAAGGUGUGGAGGAGUGAUGGAUAAAUAAAAUGUACAUACAUGAUGUUUUAGCCCAAACUCUUCUCAUUGCGGACAUGAAUCUAUUUUCCCACGCUGGUCCUAAAAAGAG